UUCAUUUGCUCUUUCUUAUAAUUAUAUCGCCCUGUGGGAGUUAAAGUCAUUCACUUCUUUACUCUCCAUCUCUUUUGCAGCAUCAAAAGAUUCAUUCAUUAUUUUCUAUUUUUUCAUUUCAUACCAACACUCGUUGAUCAACUAACUUUAUAAUAAUGAAGUUUCAAACUCUAUCGGGCCUUGCGGCUUUGGCCACCGGCUUCCAGCUUGUUGCUGCCACCGGAUGGUCAGACAAGUCUAGCUUUUCUUGCCCUUCAAACACCAACAAUGAGUGCUCUUCAAAUCAAAAGGGUGGAUGGGAUUUCGGCGACCUUACAUCUGGAAGCUUCAGCUUCUACGACGAUUUCUCCUUCAGUGGAUUCACAUGCUCAAACUCUUUCGGCAAACGUGAUAAUCCUAAGUUCCCAAGAACAUCAAGAGGAAAAUGCAUUUCUGGUACAGCUUCAUCAAACCACGGAUCUUGCCCUCAAUUCUCCUGUGGUGGUUCCUCCAAAUCUGGCGGAUCAUCAAGCUCUGGCAGUAUUUCCGCCUUCUCCAUCUCUACAGUUCACGUUACUACUGAGUUUGACUGUGAUUUGGAAUUCCACUAUGGUAUGGGCGAUGGAUCUACUUGCAAACAGGUCUCUCCUUGCUCAAGUCGAGGUUCCAUCAUCUCCAAUACUCAAUGUGGUGGUGCUAAGAACGUUACCGUUGUCUACUCUUCUGCAUCGCAAACCCACACUGCCGCUACAGGAAAAGCAUCUUGCAGUGUUGGUAUUAGCUCGGUAGGAUUCGACUGCAGUUCGGCAUCUACCACUCAACACCCAUCCACCACCCACAUCAAGACUACUUCUGUCAAGACCACUUCCAGCGAAUCCUCCAAGUACACUUUUGAAUCUUCAUCCAAGACUACUUUGGUUGCCUCUUCCGGCAAAAUCACUCCAGUUAAGAGUAUUCCUUCACCAACAGGUACUUCAUACACACUUGUCGGAACCGGUUCAACCAAGUCUUCAAUCAUCGGAACUGGAGUUACACCAAGUUUAAGUAUCGAGACUAGCAUCAAGACUACAAUCAAGCCAAGCUCAAGUGCUGCCACUAGCAUUAUUGGUACCUCUGUUCACUCUUCCCCAGCCGGUUCUGCCCCAGGAAGCUCAUCUGUUAUUCAAUUAACUACUUCUACCAUUUACGCUACCUCUGUUUCUACCAUCAUUUCUUGCGCUGCUUCUAUCACGGACUGUCCAGCUAGAUCGACUGCUUUGACUACUGUCAUGUAAGUUUAAUAUAACUGCGAUUUUGUACUUUUUUCUAAUGUUUUUUAUAGUAUCCCAAUUUCUACCACCAUUUGCCCAGUUACUGCCACAGAGAUUCCAGGUUCAUCCGCUCCAGCCUCAUCUGCACCAGCUUCAAGCGCCCCAGGUUCACCAGCUUCGAGCGCUCCAGGUUCACCAGCCUCAAGCCGCCCAGGUUCACCAGCUUCGAGCGCCCCAGGUUCACCAGCUUCGAGCGCUCCAGGUUCACCAGCCUCAAGCGCCCCAGGUUCACCAGCCUCAAGCGCUCCAGGUUCACCAGCUUCGAGCGCUCCAGGUUCACCAGCCUCAAGCCGCCCAGGUUCACCAGCCACAAGCCGCCCAGGUUCACCAGCCUCAAGCGCUCCAGGUUCAUCCGCUCCCGCUUCGUCCGCUCCAGGUUCAUCUGCUCCAGCUUCGUCCGUUCCAGCAUCAUCUGCACCAGCAUCCUCUGCUCCAGGUUCAUCUGCUCAAGCUUCAAGUGCCCCAGGAUCAUCUGCAAGCUCCAUCAUCGGUACAUCAGUUACUGCUCCACAUUCAUCCGCUCCAGCUUCAAGUGCUCCAGCCUCAUCUGCUGCAGCUUCGAGCGCCCCAGGAUCAUCUGCUCCAACCUCAUCUGCUCCAGGAUCAUCUGCAAGCUCCAUCAUCGGUACAUCAGUCACUGCUCCACAUUCAUCUGGUUCUGCAUCUCCCUCUGUUCCAUGUGUAUCUUCAGGUGUCCUCCUUUCUGGUCAAACUGCUUGCCCAGUUUCCUCCGGAUCUAGUCCAUCUUCGUCGAAGGUUUCUUCCAUCAUCGGUACAUCCGUCGGAACUGCUCCAGUUUCAUCCCAUGCCACUACCAGCAUAACCAGCCUCGCUACAACUGCUUACACUACCGUCGUUGUUCAUGAAUCAACCACUAUUUGCCCAGUUACCUUGACUCAUACCACCGGAGGUGUAACAAGCUUUGAGACUACUUCAACGACUUCUACUGUUCGCUCUUCAUCUACGGUUGUUACUUCAAGUGUUAUUACUAGCAUUAUUAUCCCAACUAGUGCUCCAGCUUCAUCUGCUCCUGGUUCAAGUGCUCCCGCUUCGAGUGCUCCAGGUUCAAGUGCUCCAAGUGUUUCAAGCGCCCCAGGCUCAAGUGCUCCGGCCUCAAGUGCCCCAGGUGCUCCAGGCUCAAGUGCACCCGCUUCGAGUGCUCCAGGCUCAAGUGCUCCAAGUGCUCCAGGCUCAAGUGCUCCGGCCUCAAGUGCCCCAGGUGCUCCAGGCUCAAGUGCUCCAGGUAUCACAUCUAUUCCAGCCCCUACUGCAAGCAACGCUGCUUCUUCAUCAGUUCAAGGUGUCACUUCAAUUCCAGUUCCAACGGCCACUAGCAUUCAAACUACUGCCAUCACUACAGUUGUUAUUCAAACAUCUACUACUGUCUGCCCAGUCACUUUGACCCACACUAUCGGAGGCGUCACCAGCUUUGAGACUACCUCAAGUCUCUCAACUGUUUACUCAUCCUCUACUAUCGUUUCCUCAACUGUCAUCACUGUCACUGCUCCAGCCAGCUCAGUUCAAGGUCUUACUACCACCUCUAGUGCAGUCACCCCAACUGAAACUGCUCCAUGCCCAGACGUUUUACCUCAAUGCUUGAACACCUGGAUGUACUUGGUUGGUUGCGAGUCUAACACUGAUUCGAACUGCUACUGCCCAGACUCUUCAUUCAUUUCCAACGUCUUUGGAUGUGUAUCCGCAUAUGGUGUUUCCGCAUCCGAUAUUGAUGCUGCUCAGAAAUACCUCCAAGGUAUUUGUGCUGCUCACGUCUCUACCAACCCAGCUAUCGUUACCGCUGCUUCAACCGUCUACGUUCCAGCUCCUUCAAGCGGUGCUGCUGCUACUACAUCCGCUCAAGGUGUCGCUUCUACCCCAGUUACAACCGUCACUCUCAGCACUACUAUAGUCGUUCCAUGCACUGAGUCAACUGGUUCACUCUCCGGAUCCGUUAUCCCAUCCUCAUCAACCACUACCGUCAUUGCCACCGCAAUUACAGUCCCACAAGUUGUUUUCUCCACAGCCCCAGCUGUCGGAUCUGCAACCCCUAGCGUAGCCCUUAUUCCAGGUACCACCGCUGCUUCCCAAGCUGCUGGUUACUCUACCUCUUUCCCAUCUAGCACCAGCGCCAGCGCCAGCACCAGCCAAGUUGUAUCUGGUGCCGCAGGAGCUACUAACGUUCCACCUGCCGCCACCGCUCAACCCAUCACCUUCAACGGUAGCGCAAUCAAGACCACCAGUGGCUUUGGUGGACUCUUUGCUGCGGCUCUCUUUGCAAUUUUCGCUCUUUAAAAAACAUAUUCAUCAUACCUAUGGCUAUGCAUACAUAGCAUCAAACCCCGGGAGGCGUUCACUUCGAUACCAUAUUUUCAUUUCACUUUAUUUUAUACACACACCUGAUUCUUUUUCCUAACGGCGGAGGGAAGGAAGGAAAAUUUUGUAAUCAGCUUUUGUUCCAUUUUUAUGGACGUUACGCCUGUCUGGCAUGUUAUACAUGAGGGU